UCCGAAUGGUUCAGUCCGUCAACGCCAAACCGGAAGUGACCGCGGGCGAAGAGGAAGUUGUUGAGCGUUAAUAGUUGACAUGUUAGCAAGCUAAUGUGAUAAUCUGCUGGCUAAUAUGUGACUACUCGGACAAGAAAUGUACUUUUAAAAGAACACUUUGGGUUGGCGUGUUUUGCACCUGCUGCUGAUUGUAAGUCCAUCGCCACCUCAGCUCCACCCUCAGACGGUCCUGCCAGGCCGCCAUGCAAAGACCCGCUGACGGCGAGCAGGAAGGAGACGGCCGCCUCAUCAUCGGCUCGCUCCCCCGGGAGGCGGCGGCGGCGGCGGCCCGUCGGGCUUCCAGCGGCGAGCUGCUCCUGCCCCGCACCUGCCCGGUCACUCACUCCCGGGAGAAGUUCUACACCGUCUGCUCCGACUAUGCACUCCUCAACCAGGCGGCGGCGGUGAGGAAGCAGGACGACGGGCCCGCGGCGCCCAAACCGCCGCCGGUGGCGUCGGACGGCGACAUGGAGGGCGUGACCCCCGGCAACGUGAAGAGCACCCUGGCGUGGGAGAUUGACACCACUGACUUCAAGGCGGUGCUCACACGAAAGAACCGAACGGGGAAGGUGAAGAAGUGGAGCAGCAAGAAGCUGAAGUCGGACCGAGCCAGUCGCAACCUGCAGGACGCCUCGCUUCAUGCCUCUCUGGAGGACGUCAAGCAGAGGAAGGUUCUGGACCUCAGACGCUGGUACUGCAUCAGUCGGCCACAGUACAAAACGUCAUGUGGGAUUUCAUCGCUGGUGUCGUGUUGGAACUUCCUGUACAGCACGCUGGGCGCAGGAAGUCUGCCGCCCAUCUCUCAGGAGGAGGCGCUACACAUUCUGGGCUACCAGCCGCCGUUUGAUGACAUCAAGUUCGGGCCGUUCACAGGAAACGCCACGCUCAUGCGGUGGUUCCGGCAAAUCAACGACAACUUCCGCGUGCGAGGCUGCUCCUACGUCCUGUACAAGCCGCACGGCAAACACAAGACGGCGGGAGAAACAGCGGAGGGAGCGUUGCUGAAGCUGACCCAAGGCCUGAAGGACAACUCCAUGGCGUACAUCUACCACUGCCAGAACCACUACUGCUGCCCUGUGGGCUUUGAGGCCACGCCCCUCAAAGCAGCCAAGGCCUACAGAGGUGCUCUGGCCAGCAGUGAGAUGGAACACUGGAUCCUGAUAGGAGAACCCAGCAGGAAGCACGCAGCCAUCCACUGUAAAAAGUGGGCCGACAUCGUGACUGACCUCAACACCCAGAAUCCCGAGUACCUGGACAUCCGCCACCUGGAGAAGGGCAUCCAGAGGCGCACCACUAAAAAGGUGGGCGGCAACCUGCACUGCAUCAUGGCCUUCCAGAGGGUCAACUGGCAGAAGAUGGGCCCCUGGGCUCUCAACCUGGAGAACCUGCGACACCACGCGGAGGACGCGCAGGCCAGGCCGUCCGCCAAGCGCCUGGUCCAGCUGGGCCGCUCCCACAGCACGGGGAGCCAGGACGCCGCCUGGAGGCACCUGGCCAACCGCCAGAGGAGCUCCCCCGACAGCGACCUGGAGGAGGACUGAAGAUGCUGUGGUACCUUGUGUGGUGACAUCAUCAUCCUGGGACAGUAGUUGCAGGAUGAUGAUGGUCCUUUCUUCCUACAACAUGUGUGGUGACAUCAUCAUCCUGGGACAGUAGUUGCAGGAUGAUGAUGGUCCUUUCUUCCUACAACAUGUGUGGUGACAUCAUCAUCCUGGGACAGUAGUUGCAGGAUGAUGAUGGUCCUUUCUUCCUACAACAUGUGUGGUGACAUCAUCAUCCUGGGACAGUAGUUGCAGGAUGAUGAUGGUCCUUUCUUCCUACAACAUGUGUGGUGACAUCAUCAUCCUGGGACAGUAGUUGCAGGAUGAUGAUGGUCCUUUCUUCCUACAACAUGUGUGGUGACAUCAUCGUCCUGGGACAGUAGUUGCAGGAUGAUGAUGGCCCUUUUUUCCCCACAACAUGCGGGGGUGUCCAACUUUUUACACACUGACUUAUCACAGAUUGCUGCGACCAUUUUGAUAGUUUUCAUUUUCAAAACCAACACAAUAUAUUUAUAUUUUUUUACUUUUCACGGCUGCUCUCAAGUUGGGUCUCAGUCAUAAUUUUUUUUUAAAUAAGUCAUAUAUUAUUACUUUUUUAAUGAAUGCUUAAAUCUCUUCAUCAACUUCAGGUCUUUUUGUCAAUGUAAGGUUUUAAAAAAAUAAAAAAUAAAAAGGGCAUAAAACAUGAAAAAAACCCUUCAUAUCAAGAGAGACUUGAAGUUGAUCUUGAGAGUAAAGCGUUUAUUUUAUUUAAUAAAUUACUUUUUAGCAUUUUUAUGACUUGAGACUUUUUCAGUGGUAUAUAUACUGUUUGUGCGCAUAUGUGUAUAUAUAUAUAUAUAUAUAUAUAUAUAUAUAUAUAUAUAUA